AUGUCGUUAUCAGCAGAUAAAUAUAAUAAAAUCAAUAUAGCCGAUAAAUAUAUCAGACAAGAGAAAAUUGGGGAAGGGACAUACGGAGUAGUUUAUAAAGCAUGGAAUAAAAUAACUAGUCGCGUCGUGGCUUUAAAAAAAAUAAGAUUGGGACCAACCAAAGCUGAAGGAUUAACAACCACCACAUUGAGAGAGAUAUCUAUAUUAAGUCGUACCGAUCAUAAAAAUAUUGUAAAACUUCUAGAAUAUCAUCAUCAUCGAAGUAAAUUAUACAUGGCAUUUGAAUUUUGUGAAAUGGAUUUAAGAAAAUUCAUUGAUUCAUAUCAAAAUCUUCGUUUGAGGAUACCGGCUAACAUUAUUAAGAAAUUUACAUUUCAAUUAUUAAGUGGUAUAAAGUAUUGUCAUUCUCACGGUAUUCUUCAUCGCGAUUUAAAACCUCAAAAUUUACUUAUUGAUGCGGCGGGAGAUUUGAAAAUAGCGGAUUUUGGUUUAGCAAGACAAUUAAGUUAUUCUUUGAGACCUCUCACACAUGAGGUUGUAACAUUGUGGUAUAGAGCUCCGGAAAUUCUUCUCGGUUCAAUGUAUUAUACAAUGUCUAUUGAUAUGUGGAGUGCUGGUUGUAUUUUUGCUGAAAUGUCUUCGGGAGCUGCUUUAUUUAGAGCCAUUCCAUUUUUGAUACACCGUGAUACAUAA